AUGUUAAAUAAAAAUAAGCAGAAGGCACCUGCCAAUGCUCCUCAACUGACCAACAAAGGUCCUAGCUCCAAAAAACCAUCCCCCUUUUCAUUUGCAAAUACUGAAUGUAAACUUUCAUACGAUGCCCAAGUCUCAAACAGGGAAGUCCCCAAGACUGACCUAAUCAACUCAUUGUUUUUUGACCUCCGCAACCUUCAAGUCACUGAAGAACAGCUUUUUGAAGCUAUUCAGGAUGACAUCAUGGGCAUAGCCUACAGACAGGAAUCUGGCUUCCUUGAAGUCACUUUUAGUGAACAAGAGGAUGUCAAAAAAUACCUUACAGAAGGCCUAACAAUUGAUGACAAACCCAUCAUUCCCUUACCCCCCAGAGACUUAAAACCAAGGAUCCUCAGGGUCAAACUAGCCAACGUGCCUAUGCACUUAAGCAAAGCACGCCUCGAACAAGAUAUCAAAAGCUACUGGGGACAGUAUGCUUGUGUUAAAGCUAUUGCACCAUACACCUAUAAAGGAACAGCCAUACUCACUAGACGAUGGGAUCUAAUUGUCUACCUCAAACCAGAAGCCAACGCACUUGAAGCCCCAGUGGUAUGGGAAUAUCAGGGAAGCAAAGUCCUUGCAACCUGGAGAGGAGCACCUGCUUCCUGUCUCUCAUGUAAAUCAGCUGGACACUACUCCAGUGUAUGCCCUACUUUUCCUCCAAAAAGGAAGACGACUGAGACUCUGAAAAAAACGAUCAGCAAGCAUGUAACCAGCACCCCUGAAACCAACACUCAUAAUGACGAAACGCUAAACAAAGUUCCACUUGCCUCAUCUAGCAAAGCACCAAUCGCCUCAACCAGCAAGGCAACCACCACACCUGGUGCAACAAACAUCCCCCCUGUAGCACCACAACAGUUCCACACUCCCCCUGCCCAACUGAUGUCAUAUGCAUCUGUAACUGCAGCAGGAGACCUCUUCACAGGAAAUUCUCUUGACCAGGAAAUGAGAGACCAAUACUAUGAACAAGAGUAUAAUCUGAAUCAAAACCUGACAUCUGCCUCUGAAUCACCUUUUGCAGGGGAUGACGAACAAAUGGCAAACCAAUACCUCCCCCCAGAUAACGAUGAGGAAAUGACCUUAUAA